UCCGACGGGAUGCUUUUCACUCUCAGCCCGCCGCACCGCUCCUCUGACUAACUUCUGUGCAGAUGGCUCGACUUAAUGUGGAAGAAAGUAAAGCUACCGGACGAUGUUUGGAAGAGUGGCGCUGUUAAAGAGGAGAUCCUACGAUGAAAACGUGGACUCUGGAGCUGAAACUGCCGAGUGAGUAUAACUGUUUAUCGGCAUUAGCUAAUGUGGCUAACGUUAGCUAUUCAACUUUUUUGUAGGCACAAUGGAAAUUAACGUUCACCAGGAGAAUACAUCUUGAAUGGGCUAACUAAUUAAAGUAGAAGCAACUAUGUGUUAUCCCUAUUUGCACUUAAUUAUGGGUGUUUAAAGCUGUUUAAUUAUUUAAGGUGUUUUCUCAUAAAUUGACUUUUAUGUUAGCUCACAACAUAUACUGUGUUGUCAUGGUGACCAAGGGGCACGUUUCCAAGCCAACCACCACAAGAUGGAGACAGAUUUUGAUCUGAACUCCAGACUAAAAAAAGUGUUUAAGAAUGAACGUAAUCACUCGUGUGUUUUUAUUUUGUGUCUCAGAUCUGACUGCAGCAUGAUGUCAUCCUCUGACAUUGAGCUUGUGACCAGUCGGGACAGGCAGCAGCGGCAGCCUCAGAUCCUGCCGAUGAACUUGCAUCUGCUGGCCAACCCCGGGGACUCCCUGCUGCUGCAGCACAGCCUGGACCGCCUGCUCCGCUGGCUCUGCCCCAGCCUCCGCAUCUUCCAUGUGUCCGAGAGGGCCUCCCCAUUCAGGAGCUACACACACCUCUGUCCUGUGGCAGGCUACCCUUCUGUGGCCAUCACCUUCUUCCUCCAUGAGGCCUACGGAGAGGAGCGGAUCCUCAAAGUGCUGGACUUCUUCCAGCACCCGCCCUGGCAGUACCACCACACUGAGACAUGCGGCAGCCAGACCGGGGGGAUCCACAUCAGCUCCAACAGCUCGUCCUCCAAUGCCAUGCAUUGCAUGCCAUGCAUGCCCUACCUCCUGCCCAGCAGAGACUUCUACAGUUUGGGGGCAGGCAUGCCUGUGUGGGGGGUGCGCCCAGUCCACUGUGGAGGAGAGAUACUUCGUGUGACACUCUACAGUGGAUACGACAACUACGAGGACGCCGUGCGGCUCUAUGAGACGGUGCUGCAGCGGCAGGCGGAGGAGCAGAAGACCGGCUUCUGCUGGUUCACGCUCCACACAGAGCCGGGGCUGUGCAUGCAGCUGGCGUUAAAACAGCUGUCCCCAGGGGUCCAGGUGGAGCCCUGCAGCUCUGCCGUGCUGCAGUUUAGUGUGGAGGAAAUAGGCCAGCUAGUCCCUCUGCUGCCCAACCCCUGCACCCCCAUCAGCGGCUCCCGCUGGCAGACAGAGGACCUGGAUGGAAACAAAGUUCUCUUCCAGGUGAAAACCCCGGCUCAGCCUCAGCGACCUCUGACCUGUGCUUUCCCCCUGACCUGCCCCAGCGUGCCCCCCCGAGCGGUGCAGCUCAGGAGCCCGGCCCAGGGCCCCAGCCUGUCGCCCUGCAGCCUCACAACGCCCCGGCACACACACAGGCAGGCAGGCCUCAGACCGCGCAGUGACCCCGCCCUGGAGAAGCUUUAUGGAGGGGGGGUAGCAGAGAGCCAGGGGUCAGGGAGCUGCUGCAGCACCCCUCCAGGCAGCUCCUGUUACUCCUCCCAGCGCAGCAGCCCUGCACCCCCCUCCACCCCCCAUCACCCCGACUCCCCCCUGCGCUCCUCCAUCACCCAUCACCCUGACUCCCCCCUGUGUCCCUCCAUCACCCAUCAUCCCAACUCCCCCCUGCGCCCCUCCACCCCCCAUCAUCCCAACUCCCCCCUGCGCCCCUCCAUCACCCAUCACCCCGACUCCCCCCUGCGCCCCUCCAUCACCCUCUCUCUGUCCCAUCUCCUCCUGGAAGAGGAUGAGGAGGAGCCAGAGACCAACGUAGACACCGGAGUCUCACUGCUCUCAGACUCGGCAGUCAAAAUACUCACUCGCUCUUCCUCCGUGGAGCUGUUGAUGACUCCUCACCCUGAGAGACCUGCAGCUGUGGGGGCUUCAGCUGUCCAUGGUCUGGCCAAGGAGCUGAUUGAGUGUCUGCCACGGACACACAAACACCCUCAGGUCUCCUCCGGGACUUGGGGCUCCGCGGGAUGUACGCACGCAGCCAGGAAGGCCUGUAGCAGCAGGACUGUGACGGCAAGACAAAGCCCCCCCAGAGGACCCUUCAUAGAGAGCAGGACUACUGCUGAGCUGCUGUCAGCACACACACACAAGACGGAUGAUGAGUUCUUCAUCUGAAUCCCUGCUACUACACCUCAAGUCUUGAAAUAGAUUAUAAUCAUACAAUAUUGUAGAUUUAUUUGUGUGGAUUGUUCAAAGCCUAGCAGAGUGAUAUUUGCGGGUAUUAAUAUCCUCAAUGUCUUUUAUAUUUAGAUCUAACUAAUGAUUUGUGCAGCUAAAAUGGAGCCCUGUAACAAACCCUGGAGGAAAUGCUCUUUACAAAAUGUUCCUGUCAGGGUGCGAAUGCCAGUGUCUGUCUCAAAUUGCCUUUUGAAUAAUGCUGAUCUCAGCAGUCUUCCGUGUCGCUGUUGAUCGUGAUGAGAGAUCUGAUUCAGUGUGAGUGCUCUCCACAGCGCUGCAGGUCUAACACAGUACAAGUA